CUCUCUGUCUCCGCGCAUCCGUCCGGCUCUCUCUACCCGCUCCUCACUGCCAGUGUCGGCGAGCAUCCGCAGCGGCAGCAGCAGCACUGCCACUUCCACCACACUGGGGAGGAAAUGUACUGAUACUACGGAGCAGCCCGGGAGCAUCACCAUCUCCAUCAUCACCUCCAUCACCGUCACCGCAUCCCCUCGCGUGUUUUCGGGGCUUUUUUCCGGAUUGAUUCGCAGCAUCGCUCUCAAGUCGUUUGUGGAUUAUUGUUCCCUCCUCAUCGACGGAAAGCGUGAAAUGGAGGAGUCCAGCUCUCAGAAGUUGGUGUGGGAUGGGGACGCCAAAGCGGUGCAGCAGUGUCUCACGGACAUUUUUACGAGCGUCUACACGACGUGUGACAUCCCGGAAAACGCCAUUUUCGGGCCUUGCGUGUUGAGCCACACGUCUCUGUAUGACAGCAUCGCCUUCAUAGCCCUGAAGUCCACCGACAAACGCACAGCGCCUUACAUCUUCAGGGUGGACACUUCAGCGGCCAACAGCACCUCAGAGGGCUUGAUGUGGCUGCGGCUGGUCCAGUCCGCCCGGGACAAAGAGGAGCAGAACCUGGAGGCCUACGUGAAGAACGGCCAGCUCUUCUACCGCUCGCUCCGCCGCAUCGAGAAGGACGAGGAGCUGCUGGUCUGGUACGGCAAAGAUCUCAUUGACCUGCUGCUGCUCAGUUCCAGCAGAGUGCCUGCCAAAAGCAAAGGUUCAUCCCACCACUCCUGUCCGGACUGCAGCCAGCGGUUCCAGUUUGAGUUCCCUUUCUUAGCCCAUCUCCGGUUCCGCUGCACCAAGAGACUGCAGAGCAUUGCCGCAGCCGACGAGGAGCCCAGCAAAGACAGCGGCACAGAGCGAUCAAACUCAACCCCGACCAGGACCAACCCAAAGGUGGUGCGCUCUGAAGGAUUCAGCAGUCCUCAGGACAGCAAUAAACCCUCCACAGACUUUCAUAACCUGGCCAGGGAUCUAGAGAACAAUCGGACCAGCCCGCCAAGUGACAAGGAGGCCGAAAUCUGCAGCGAGAGCUCAGGCAAGAGGAAGUUCUCGGAAAUAGAGGACAGAGAGUGCAGAGGACCCAGCCUCGGGCAGUCCAAGUCUAAAGAGGAGCUAGCAGCAUCUGUGCAGAAUUACAGAGGAGUGUAUGGUCUUGAGGAAAACCACCGGUCCUUCUCCCCACCAGGCUCCACAGAGCUGGGUGAGGCAAAGCGCAGCGCCUUUACUGAGGUUAAGACAGCCCAGAACUCCAAACAGCACAGCAGCAGCAAAAACCUGCAGAGCUCCAACUCUGAAAACAAAGAUGGAGGUCGUCCCAGCAGCAACCCUUCAGAGAAGCAUCUUAACAUCAGGUCUGUGCUGUCAGAAACCCAGCCACCCCAAAGCUCGCCCAUGGGCAGUGCAUUCACCUCCGUCGGCCAGCAGGGAGGUGGGGGCGGGGAGAGGAAGAGUGCCUUCAGUCAGCCAUCUCGCUCCUUUUCCCAGAUCUCACCGCUGGUGAUGCCACCCAAGCUGCUGGACUGCCACCCAGCGGUGGGCGACACCAUGUCCUCCAAUAGACUCUACCAGGCUGACCACCUCGCUGCCAAGCUGCAGGGUGCAGAACUGGGCACCAACUGCCCCGUGCCAGGCGGCAUGGCCAAGCAGAACCCCUUCGUCUACGCCACCGCCUUCUGGCCCAAGAACUCCGGACCUAUCCAGCUUCAGAUGCCCUCGGCUCUCACCCUGCUGCCUCCCUCGUUCACCUCCCUGUGUCUGCCCGCUCAGAACUGGUGUGCCAAGUGCAACGCCUCCUUCCGCAUGACCUCAGACCUGGUUUACCACAUGCGAUCCCACCAUAAAAAGGAGUACUCCAUGGAGCCUCUGGUCAAGCGGCGGCGCGAGGAGAAGCUCAAGUGCCCCAUAUGCAACGAGUCCUUCCGGGAACGGCAUCACUUGUCACGUCACAUGACCUCCCAUAACUGACUUUUUAAGACUAACAAGGAAGAGACUUUUGUUUAACAUGGAAGGAUUGUGAACCUGCCUGGAUUUAAGCACUCCAACUGGAACAUGAGAACACCCCUUGCACUUACUUUCACUUUGGACUCUGAUCUUUGAAUUCCUUUUCUGUCUCUUUGCUUUUGCUCCCCUGUACAAAAUAUCAUGUUUUGGAUGUAUGCAAAUGCGUUUUGACUUCAAAAAUGAAUAUAUUUAUGAAGCACUUAAAGUUUGAGAAUAAGGGAAGAUUUAAAUAUGUGUAAUUGUACAGUAAGUUGUAUUUUAUAUCAUAUAAAUGCAAAUAUAGAGAAAAAUAAAAAAUGUAGUCAUACAUCAUGGUUUACAACGCAACAAGUUUUUUCAUGUCUACAAUGAAUAUGGACACACAUUGGGGAUAUUAUGUCAGACUAUAUUUCAGAGUGCAUGUAAUAUUAAAUGAUAUUGAUUUAAGAUGCAGUCUAUUCAUUACACUGUAAAUAAUUUGUUUUAUUUGAAAUACAAAGUGUAAUAUUUUGUGUCAGUGGGGAAUAGUUUCAGUGUUUCUUCCUUUGGCGGAAAUUUACUACUUGAUAGUUUAUCUAAUCACGUUGAAUGCAUUGACAAUAAAAUAGCUUUAUUUUCAA